AUGGGUCGAAAAUCCAAAAGGAAACAGAACAAGGAAGCCAGUACCAACAACAAUAACAAACCACCACCACCUCAUCCGGAAAAGAUAGUUGAACCAGUUCCGGAGCCACAACCAAGCUCUUCCGGUUCCUCGGCCAAUGACCAUAAUCAAAAUAAGGUUGAGACGGCAACUGUUCACGAAUUGAAUCAACCACCUCUCAGUAAAGAACCAGAUAAUGACAAAGCACAUCAAGAACAGCGGGUAGAACAAGCAGAACAAGCAGAACAAGAAGAUAAUGAAGAAAAAGCACAAAAAGAACAAGAAGAAGUAGAGUGGUGCAUUCACUUUGAAAACUCAAAUGCCAAACUCCUCAUAAGAGCACUCAAACACCACCACAACUGUAUGGAAUGUAACAAACCUGCUGAAUUCUCAUGUAUUCAUCCAGAAUGUCUGCGAAAGGACCAAUCUAAUUGUUGUGAAAAUCUGAGACACGUUAUGCCACAUAUGACGAACAAGAACCACCCGGCUCUAGUGCAUUACGAGUAUGAAGUUAUAACCUGUACCAAAUGUGAUGCACAGAUUUCGAUAGAAGAAUUUAUUCACAGGCAUUCAGUGAAGAUAAAAAAGAACAAAAAACCAUCUUCAAAAACUGAAGCACUCCAGCUGAAAGGAGUCACUGGAUACGUCAAUUAUGGGAAUACCUGUUACCUGAAUUCUGUGCUCCAACUUCUUGGUCACUGCACCCCACUUGUUCAGUACCUGCUAGAAUUGACACCACCUGGUGGCUGGGGGAAGUGUCCAAAGGAUGUACCAAAAACAGUAAUCCAAAUGGCAAUCGACCAGAGAAUUAUGAAUAGUCCGCUCAAGCGCCCGUUUGCGUCUCCAUGGAAUAUUAUAUCAUGUAUUCGAAUUGAGAUGCCUGAGUUUGAGUGUUUCCAACAACAAGAUGCCAGCGAGUUCCUUCGCAGUCUGCUAGAUAUUUUGGAUCGAGACCUGAAAGUGUGCCAGGACUACUACAACAAAAAACGUUCUGUUGCCACAGGCAACCCUGAUGCGGAUUAUUUGAUAGCAUUGCAAGAUAGAACCACAAAAACUGUAAUAUCUUCGCUGUUUCGCGGAGUGCUGGAAAAUCAAAUUAGAUGUCAUACAUGUGGAUAUCGGUCAUUCACUUAUGAGAACUUUUUGGACCUGUCAAUUCCAAUAGUUGGAGAAAACGAAUUCGAGGAUAUGUUCUACAAACCAACCAAGAAAGUGAGAAAGAAAAAACGAGUUGUGCCACCCGCAGAUGAAUCUACAAGCUACUAUGAAGGCAUCGAUCCGGGGUUUCUUGUGAACAAGGGAAUAAAGAAUAAAAUCAGUUUGGAUGAAUGUCUCGAUAUGUUCUUCGAAAAUUCGGUACUAUGUGGUGAAAAUCAGUAUUCAUGCAGAAAGUGUGAAAGACUGGUGGAUGCCACAAAAACGGUCAAAGCCAAGGAACUGCCAGAAAUCAUUCUCAUCCAAUUGAAACGGUUCCGUCACACAGUCUACGGGUGUAGCAAGAUAGGAAAAAUAGUUGAAUUCCCGCUUCGAAGUCAAGAUUUUGGCGAAUGGACGACAAGUGGAGAAUCUGAAGUGUAUGAUUUGGUGGGGUUCGUGGUUCACGUCGGACGGAAUAUUGAUUGUGGUCACUAUGUGUCUUUUUGUUUGAAUGAGCAGGAGAAUCAAUGGUACCAUUACGACGAUUCAACAGUUACAAGAUAUGACGACACUGAAGUUGCCAAAAACGAGCCAUACAUUUUGAUGUAUCGUAAACGUCAGGAUAAAAAUAGAUCCCCUGCAGAUAAUCAACAAACGGAGUCUCCAUUUAAUUUCUUCAAAUUCCGUCACAUUUUGAACGACAAGUACUCUGAGGCAUGGGACGUGAUUGAGAAAAGUUUCGAGGAAAACUACAAAUGCAAUAAGAUUCCCUUAGAUGAAGGGCCUCCAGCUAAACAAAUUUCAACCAUGGACGUGGCUGAAGGGAAACCGAAAACAGUAGAAGAAAACUUGAGAGUCUUCUCUAAAGAAGAAACUGCUGCAAUCCUCGCAAAAACUGAUGUGUCGCCAGAAGAUUUACACCAACAUGUCAGUGAUUUGGAACAGAUUUUGGAGGAUUUGACUAACAUGUUGCUACCAAAGAAAACGAAGAAAAGCGGCAAAACUAGAACUGCUAAGAGUCCAGAUGGACAAGAACAGUCAAGCAAGGUCAAAAAUGUUCGAAAAGAGAAACAACAUGAACGAAAAUCACAAAUGGGGAAGCAGGAGUUGGAAAAUGAGACUUCAGACAGUGCACACCCACAACUGUACGACAGUCAAGAUACGUCAAGAUCCAAAAAGUCAGAUGACACCCGAUUAUUGGAGGAAAAUUCACGCACGGCACCGCUAUCGCAAACAACUGUUGACAAAGCUGAGAAAAACCUACCAGAAGAUCUACCUCAGAACAAGAAGUCGAGAAAAGAGAGCAAAGCUGAUACCAAGCAAAAAACAAACAAUGCGAAUCAAAUCGAAAACGCUACGAUGACUAGUUUGGUCACACAAACACCUGUGAAAACUGGGCCGAGGAAAACCGAUGAAAACCUGUCUCCUGUGAAAAACACCUCUGGAAAACGGAAAAGUAGAAAAUGUGAGCACGAUCACACAUCCGCCAGUACAUCCACAACCGAAAAAUUACACGAAGAGAAAUCUGAAGAAAUUUCACCUAUAGAGACUCAGAAUCAAGAAUCGAGUUCCAAACAAAGACGUUGGCGGAGCGCUACUCCUCAUGUCAAAAAACGACGGAUACCCGGAAUUGAUGAGGAAACUCGACUUCAAGUAGAAAAAGAAAUCAAAAUGGUCAUCGAGUCGUUGGAGAAAUGGCUGAAAGUGGUGAUGAAAAAAGAGUGGAUGAAACAGCAAGAUCUUCAUGAAACUGAAUAUUAA